AUGGCAUCUUGCGUCCGACCGCCGAGAAUGUUAAAAGCCGGUGAGGGCCAAGCGUUUCUGCAGAUGGCAUCGGGAAAUCUUGUGGAGGCGCUAAUUCGCCGAACUUUGUUGGAAGAUAACAUCCCCACGGACGAUCGCCCUUCAGCUGCCAAGGCAGGCAAGGGACCCAAGAGCGACCCAUGGGAGGUCGACAUCGACGACGAUGACGUCGAAGUGCGCGUGCCCAUCAUCAAGGGCAUCGAUACCAAGAAGUCAUCCUCCAAGACGACUCCUGGAAAAAAGGAGCCAGUCAGAUUGGACUCGGGGAGGAAAGUCAAGGAGGAAAGCAGGAAGGAGACGCUUCUCAAGGAGUGGAGGGAAGCAGAGAAAGAACAGGAACUACGCAGGAAGAAAAAUGCAGCUGUUUUGAACAAUGAGGAAAGAGACUCUAACGAUAACACGACCAAGAGAUUGAGUCCUAGCGAGGCAGGCAACACGUCGCCUGGAGCUCUUGGGGAAUCCCCCAUCAAACUCUCAAACUCCAAGGACAAGGGGAAGAGGAGUAACAGCAACAAGGGCAAGCAGGUCACACCUGACCAGCAACAAGCAACCCCAGGAAAGGAAGGUGGUGCAACUCCAAAGAAGGACAAGAGAGAUAAGACUGGGAGCAAGCGAAAGCUUGCUAAGUCCCCGAGAGAUUCCCCUGCCGCGGCAGGAGGAGAUCAUGACUCCAAGUAUCUGAGACUUGACAAGAACUCAAACACGUAUUGUGGUCGCAGAGACUCUUCUUCUUCAGAGAAAAGCGAAGUGAUUUCCCAGUCAGCUGAAAACAACACUAGUGCGGUCCGGUCGUCACCCUGUGGGUAUUGGGAGAACGGCAACGGACGCAGACCGAGCGAUGAUGAAGCUAGGCCCUUGGAACCGAAGCCGAAACGGCCGAAGCUUGUACCUGAGAUGUCUACAGGUCUCACCAUCGCUAGCAUGAUCGAGAAGACCCUUGAUGCGGGGCUUGGGGCGUCUCUGCGGGCGCCUAGGAUGACCCACGCACCCGCUGGGGCACCAGAGCUUCACCCGUUACCCCAUACGGAAUCCCGCGAUCCAGAGACCGCAUCUAAGAGACGAGACCACACACGUCACGAGGAGGAGGCCUCAGCCUUCGGUGUGGUGCCCAAACUCCACUGGGCGCUGAACGGCCAGCAAAAGACGAACUCCAAACCGGGCCAGGAUUUGGACCUGGGCGGUGCCUUCCCGUCAUCGCGCCCUCCGGCACACAAACCUCAAACAGCCGUCGCGCCGACCUCAGGCGUAGUCGUCAAUCAGCCGCAGCUCAUGCAACCCAUCUUCCCAGUAGGAGUUCCCAGGUUCAGUUCCUCUACUGCACCCAUCAAAAUCGACAUCCCCCGGUCCUGCCCCCUCCCCAGCAGCAGUUCAUCUCCCGGCUCACCCAAGGACAAUCCCCUGUUUUCCCCAAACCACAGUGACGGGUCGCUGUCAGCCAACCAGAGCGACAACGGUGCGACCAGUCCAGGCAACAUGGCGGACGGUUCCAACUCCUCCUCGGGAAACAAGAAGAAGAAACGAAAGCGAUGUGGUGUGUGCGAGCCAUGCAUGACCAAGCAGAACUGCGGCGACUGUUCGAGUUGUAAGAACCGGAGGACCGGUCAUCAGAUCUGCAAGAUGCGAAAAUGUGUGGAACUUCGCAAGAAAUCACAGGUUCCGGAGCUAACCAUGGAGGGCUCGACCAAUGGGAGCAGAGCUAAAGCAGGUCUCCCUCCCUUCCCGCAGCUGACAGCUCCACCCCCAAAGAAUGGCCCGAUUGAGAACCACAACUCGCCAACCGCCACCCUUCCCCAUCACAACAGUACAGCUCCAGACUUCACCAAAUCCGACACUUCCACAAGCGCGCCGCCGCCCCCUCCCAACAUGAACUGGGCCCCGCCUCCCCCCAUGGUGAACGGGUAUAGCAGUACCGAGGGCUACCCAAAGAUGAAUCACUAUCCACCCCCGGUGGAAAUGACGAAAGCUGCAGAGAGGGGAGGGGAGGGGUGGAGAGAUCAGAAUGAGGCGGGGAGCGAUGGAAUCAAGAAGGAGCAAGGUCUUGGGGAGACGGUAGGCAUCCCAGUCCCAGCCCAUCACCAUCAUCAUCAUCACCCCCAUGCCAAGUACGCCUUCGCUGCAUCCAGCAAGCCAGACAAUGCAACCACCUUAACUUCCUCAUCGGCGAAGGGUCCAAGCAGUUACCCAGUGGCACCCAUUGCAGCCACCAGCAAGCCCACAGGUAGCCCUUCCCCGCCAACACACGGACAGUACUUUGACAAGAAAGUACAGCUCCCCAGCACUGCUGCCGUCGCUGCCAAGGAAGCACCCAUGAUGAACAGUAACCACCCCCAUGCACGCCCGACCAGCAUUCAGUCCUACCCUUCGUUCACCUUCCCAACUCUAGGCUCAUCCAAACAGAGUGAUCCACCAACACCCACCAACCACACCCAUGACAGGGGCACACCUGACCACAAAACCAACAUUGCGACGACACCCGCAUCUCAAUCUCCGUCAUCGGAGAGAAAAGCUCUGUCUCCUGUAGACGCUGCAGAAUCCCUUCUCUCCCUAAGCUCCUCUAUGUCAGCCCGUCACUUCCCGUUCCCACCUGCCCACUUCUCAGGGAAUCAUGAGCAACGUGCACACGACCAGCGCCCCCAUGAACAGCGCCCCCAGGAACAGCGGCCUCACGAAAAGCGUCCACCCCCAGGCUUCCUUAGUAGUGGUCCUUCCUCAGAAUCUCCCUCGCCAUCCAUCUCCGCCGUUCCCUUUCCACCAAAAUCUGAACCUUCAGAAAAGAAACCCAAAUUGGACAAGCACCACAAGACAGACUCCAAGAGCAAACCCGACCACAAGCUCCCUAAGUCUGAGCUAAAUAGGCCAGGUGGGAUCACAUUACCUCCCAUGACCAUGACGGGUUUCCCUGGUCUACCAGUACCCGGCGUCAUGCCUUCCACCUCUCAGAGUGGUAUCUCGGCCUCUGCGGCCAUGAAAUCCUCUGGGAGGUCCCUCUACCCUCUGCCCAGUCAGACGCUCCUGGCAUCCUCGACGAAACACAGCACCAGCUCCGAGAUGGGGGAGGGCAAGGCAUUGGAAGACAAGGAGCUGACUCCUAGGAAGUUGACCCCAGCAGAGCUUCAUCGGAAGAUGCUUGAAGAAGACAUGAAAGAAGAAAUGCCUGAUUGUGGAUGCUUAGAGAAUGAUCGUGAUGAGGCACCGUAUUACACCCAUCUAGGAGCUGGUCGGUCGGUUGCAGCGGUCAGGGAACUCAUGGAGAAAAGGUAUGGCCAGAAAGGGAACUGCAUUCGGUUGGAGAAGCUGGUCUUCUCUGGAAAGGAAGGCAAGAGCUCCAUGGGAUGCCCCAUCGCUAAAUGGAUCUUGAGACGUUCCGGACCAGAAGAGAAGCUCUUGGUUCUGGUACGGAAUCGGCCAGGACAUCAUUGCGAAACGGCCUACAUUGUCAUAGCAACCGUUGCCUGGGAGGGCUGUCUCCGUAAAGACGCAGACAGCUUGUAUGACUUAUUGACCAAUACGUUACCCUGUGGGGCAAUCCCGACGGUACGCAGAUGUGCAGUCAACGAAGAAAAGACGUGCGCCUGUCAGGGUUUUGACCCGGAGUCCUGUGGCGCCUCGUUUUCCUUCGGCUGCUCCUGGUCCAUGUACUACAACAGCUGCAAGUUUGCUCGCAGCAAAAUACCAAAGAAGUUCAAACUGCAGGACAAUUCUGACUCGGAAAAGGAGGAAAUGUUGGAGAACAAGUUACAGUGCCUCGCAACGGAAAUCUCUCCUCUCUACCGACAGUUGGCGCCGGAUUCCUUCAGAAAUCAGGUUUUGUUUGAGAAGAUGGGAUCUGAGUGCCGGCUCGGUCGGGGUGAGGGCAGACCGUUUUCUGGCGUUACGGCGUGCAUGGACUUCUGUGCUCAUGCCCACAGGGACCAACAGAACAUGAACAACGGUUGCACAGUGGUGGUGACUUUAACAAAAGAUGAGAUUCGUGACCGGGUUCCGGAGCCAGGCGACGAGCAGCUCCACGUCUUGCCCCUCUACUACCUAGACAACACGGAUGAGACUGGCAGCGUGGAGGGUCAACAGGAGAAGGUCCGACAGGGCUCCAUCGAGGUCCUUACCCACUACCGGCACAAGUCCCGACUCCGUCCCAAACAGGACCCUGUCAUCCCAAAGGGGGCACAAGUCCGCACCAGUCGGCAUGGUGAUAAGAAUAGCCCGAGUCGAGGUAAGGCUGCAGCAGCAGCAGCUGCAGCUGCUGCAGCGGCCCGAUCAGCGACACCCCAGAGUACCAACCAUCAUCAAAAUAAUCAUAGUGCAAGUUCUGGUUACACACCGGGGAAAGAUUCUGAUGCUAAGGUAUCAUCUAAGAGUAGUAAGGAGCUGCCAUCAUCUACGAGCUCUACUGCAUCGUCGCAAUCUCAGGCACAGGCACAAGCACAAGCACAGGCACAGGUCAUGCAGAUCCCGCCCCACCUGUGGGCCCAUUAUCAGCAGAGCGUGGAGCAGUUCCGGGCAGCUUGGCCAGGUGUGGAGCUGACACCAAGUGGCUUUGCGGCGGCAGCAGGACUUAGGCCGGAGAUGCAUAGCCUGCAUCCGAUGAUGUAUGAGAGCAUGCAACGGGAUGCCAUGAAUGCAGCGGCAGCCGCGCAAGCUGCAGCGUUGCACCCAGACUGGGCCCGCAUGUACCCCCACCAGGCCCGGAUGUUCCUUCCUCCUUACGCCCACCCAGGCAUGGUGGGGAUAGCCACCCAUGAACAGCUCCAACAGAACCCUGCUCUAGCCCGUUUUAUGAGCCAAUACGGCAACGAUCCGUACAUGGCUGGUGUUGCACAUGCCUACAUGCGGUACCCACACUACCCAGGAAUCUCCAUGGAAGAUGUCAAACCUGAUAUGAACCAGUUAAGUAACCUGAUGAAAGCGUCCGGCAGGACUGAACGGGAUGCGCUGUACAGCGCCUACGGUAUGAAGUAUGGAUCGCAGCAUCCUGCUGCAGCACCUGCUACUGGCUAUGGCAGCUCCCGAAAUGACCAAAUGGAUUUAGGCAGAGACCAUCACACACCCAGACCAAGCACCACCUCAACAGAGUCCAAGUACACCCAGAACCUACACCCUAAUGGACUGCGGCAGGAUCUUAGUCACCAUCCACCUGCCAGCCAAAGCGGCCACAAGGAUGGUAUUUGGCGUCCACCAGUCUUUCAGAACAGCCCAUCACGGGAGAGCACCCCAUCCCAAGAGCAUCUAAGCUACCCCAACCAGGGGACUCCACCUUACGGCUCGGCAUUCCACGAUCGUGCUAAGACCCAAGGUGAUCAAAGGAGUCCCUACCAGCCGGAAGGCAGCCAUCAACACAGAGACUAUCCCAGCUUCGGUCAUCGUGAUGGCACCUCUUCCUCUCAGAGCAGACAAGAUCCAUCAAGGAAUUCCUCAGAAGCCAGGCAGUAUACCACACACCAACAGCAGCAACCUCACCAGGAGCACAGCGGCGCCCGCCGGGACCUCUCCCAGAGCUAUCCAACCCAAGACACCAAACAGUACCCAAGGAUUCACGAAGCCUCAAACUCCUCAACUCCCUCCCAGCACCAACAGCAGCAGCAGCAGCAUGAAAAGUCCAAAACGAUAGCAGAGCAUCUCCGCAUGAUGGAGGCAUCGGGGUCCAACCCCAGUACCCCUGUUGCAUCAGCCCUACUACCUCAGCCCUCUCCGAAGCCUGAGGAGCCCCAGGAGAUUGAGUGCACCUCAGACAGUGAGGAAUGCUUCCGAGAUCCUACCAUCGGAGGGGUGGCCGUCGCGCUCCCUCACGGCUCCAUCCUGUUCGAAGCCGCUAAACGGGAGCUCCAUGCCACCACAUCAGUCCGUAGGCCACAUCGACAGAAGCCCACCCGCAUCAGCUUAGUUUUCUACCAACAUAAGCACAUGAACUUCCGUAACCACGGGUUAGAGGAGUACGAGCGCAAGAUGCAAGCCAGACAGGAUGAAGCAGAAGAGACCGCGAGACUCAACGGGGAAACACCGCCCCCUCCGCGUAAAGGUCGCAAACGACGCCUCUCGGCCAGCGAUGACACGGUCAUCCCCGACAAAACCAAGCUACAGUCAAACCUGCCUUUCUGGCCCGCCCACAGAGAACACCCGCCUGGCUUAAUGACGGCGCCGACGAAUCCCAUAGCGCAUGCGCGCAUCUCGGAUAUGGCGGCUGGACCCCCGCAAUGGCCGCUGGCCGCGGGCGUCCGCCCCCCACAGGUUUGACUGUAGUGUUGUCACACUCGUACUCGCUCUUUCUCACAGUAACAUUGUCCCUACUCAAAGUUUACUCAACUCUCAGCCAUGAGCUUCGUACUUCGGUACCCUUUACUCACUCCACAACUCUUACUGAUACAAUCAUAGCCAAGUAUUCUUACCUACCAUACUUGAGUGUACUAGCUUUUUGUUUGAGUUGAGGUCAAGUCAAUCACAAGUCAAGUUACUCGUAACACGGAAUGACACAGUUCAUUUGCAGAGCUUAGCUCAGUACUGGAGGCUGAAUGAAUUGUGAUGUACUUGCCCUCAUCUCUGCUUUUUGCUUGUCGCAAUGUGAGUACAUGUACUUGAGUAUUCAUACUCAUCGCAGUGUUUUGACUAGCGAAUGUUAUCACUUUUGAUUCGCACGUGAGCCCUUUUCUGACCACAUUCACACCUGUUGAACAAUACUUUUCUGACCUGCGUUACAAACAUUCCAGUACACUCACAUAGUUCAGCUUACGCUGUGUUAUUAAGGGAACCGUGCAAAGCGAAAUGCUGCCGAAGUUAUUUUCUGCUGUGGCUUGUGUGUGUGUUUGCCAGCAUUUCUGUUCUACUUUAGCCUGAAUCAGUGUGUUUUGUUUUGUUUGGACUCUUCUUGAUUAGUUUGUGUGUUUUCUGUUUGAUGGUCUUGUCAUCUGACUAGCAAGAAUAAUGAGCAUUGCAUGAACUUUUUUGUUGUUGCAAAGUUUGAUCAUAAAUGUAGCAUGUCUGUUACAAUUGUGGUAAGCAUAUGAUGACCUAGGGCCCAGACACAAAUACAGAUCAGUAAGAACCAUGUAGAAAUCUGGCAGGGACUGUGUAGCAAGUUUUUGUAGGCAGAUAAAAAAACCUGUUAUCAUCAGGAACCUAGCUCAAACUGUUGUACUUCAGUUGCUCAAAGUUGCACAGAAAUUAUUGUUGGAAGUCUAGGUGUAGUUAAUUCUGAAGUGAGGUUUAGAAAAAACUACAGCAAAACAAUAUCAAAGUAAAGAAAUUUGGACUACACAAUUGCUUCAUUAAUUUCGCUCAAAUCAAAUGUUCCCUUCCAUUGUUGUCCCAAUAACAAUCAUUCAAAAUCAGGAAAAAUUAUUAAUCAUUAUUUUAUCACAGAACACCUGUAGUUCUUAUUAAGUAGAGAAUAUUUUAGCAGACAUUCAGCUAGCCAAAUUUUUAUAUGCAUCGAUACCUCAUGAUUACUAAGUACUUUCUAAUGGUGCUCGAAGCUGUCGAUAUUUUCUAAGAACUGUAAAAGUUAGAAAGAUAUCCAACAAACUGGCUUAACCUCCGGUUUAUGAAAUAAUCAUGCCCUUUCAGUAUUUUUCAUGGAAAGUAUGUAGAAACAAAACCAGAAAAAUUGUGAAUUCCCAUUUUUUUUGUCAAUUGUGGAAUAGUUCCAAUUUGUCGUGAUUAAGGGCGGGGCUAAAUUAAAAUUGUAAUUUGUACAAAUCUACAAUUUUGAUUUACAAAAUAAUGAAAUUAAUUUGAACAUAAGUUGAAUUGCUUUAAUUUGCAACUUUAGAAAGCUUGUCAUAAACUUUCAUUAGGUUUUGGGAUAGGCAGUCUAAAGGAUGUACUGGAUUUUAAAUGAGUACAUGUAUAUUCAAUUUUAUUUUCAUUUUUGAAAAUCGCACGUUUGAUUUGCAUAGUGUCCAAAGAGUUGCAGAUGCUCUAGCACUAUUGGUCCAUUACUGUGAAGUGUUAUUCAACUUAUGAAUAUGUAUAUUUUCAGCUGACCAAUGAGCAGCCAGUCAGUCUCCAUAUGAUACAAAUGUGCCAUUUGAUUGGACCAAGGGGUGGUAUGUUAAUCUGUCUGCUGGGUGUUACAUUGUAUUUGUUUCUCCCAUGUAAUUCUGUAUUAAUUAAAAUACAACUGAAAUGAUCUUGCGAAUUAUCAAUUACAGUAACAAUUAUUGAAUAAUAAUUUGUGUUUUUGUUUCGUAGAAACACUUGUCAAGAUGUACAAUAUUGGUAAUCAAAGUAGGGGCAAUUAUGACUAAGUUAUAGUGUAAAGUGUGUGAGUAGAGAUAUAGUUUUAAAUGUUUGUGCUUUCUUUUUUUAAGUUAUUUUUAAAGUUUUGUUUUUAGACUGAAGAAAAUUCUGCAUUUUAUAAAAUUUGCAUUUGAACAUUUCCAGUCAAGUUCUCAUCAAGCAAACGACCGGAAUUACUUUUAGUAACUCAAAGAGUUUGCAAGGUAAACUACAAGACUUGUUUUUAAUGUAGAGAAUGUAUAUAUUUUCAAGAAAAAAAAUUGAAGUGUUUCAGAUGAACUCUUAAAGUUCUGAUGUUUGGUAAAAUCAGUGGAACUUCUCCAUGUUUUAAUUCUGUCUCUGAAUUUUACAUGUAAAAUCGAGGAAUCAAUUCUUUUAGAAAAUUUUAAUCAAUUUUAGAAGGGAUACAUUAAUGUAUGAGCGCUCUUUUAUGUAAAUUGAAGACAUUUAGAAUAUUACAUUGUAAAUUUGUCCCAGUAGCCUAAAUUGUACAUAUGUAAAUUUUUAAAGACAAAAAUAAUAACUCCAAACCGACGUAAUUUGUGGACCGGACUUGGAGAGGAAAUAUGUAUAUAUUUAAAACAAAAAAAACAAAAAAAAAUAAUAAUUAAACCAAUGAAUUUGAUUCUUGAUACAUGUGUAUAAACUGAUUGUCCAGUUCUAGCAAAUUGUGUUUGAGACAUUUUGAAGAAGUAUGUAUUGGUCUUGCUGCAUUUUCUAAUCAAUUUGAAUGGUUUUAAACUGUAUAACAUGAACUGUUCAGGCAGUUUGGAGCAAAAGAAAAGUUUGCUGCAUAACAUGACACAAAGUUUCAACUGAUAUCUUGUUCCAAUUCAAAUCUUGAUUGUAUCGGAUUUGCUUUUCAGCAAUUGAAAGUUAGUAUUACAGGUAUAGCUACUGGUAGUACAGUGCUGUACAUGAAGAACAUUUUUGGAGAAAAAAGAUCACUCGCUGUUUACUGUAUUCUGUAUUGUACAGUGCAUACAGUCGGGCAUAAUCGUCAUUGCAAAAGAAACUACUGCAGCAAACUAAUGUAUAUUUUUGUGAGUUUCAAAAAUAGAGGAGCCAUUUUAUUAAAAUAAUUUCAAACUUAUUGAAUUCUGAAGAAUGAAAUUACCAACUUUAAAUUGUAAACCAGUGUAAGUGUGUACAUUUUUUUUUCCUCAUGCAAUUUAUAUAAAAAGAAAAUGACUUCUCGUAAGAAUUUAGUCACUGGAUGAGUUCUUUGGAUUUUAGUGCGAUUUCAUUUUCGCAGUGUGUGGAGAUGUGUUUUAUAAUAAUACUUAAUGGUAUGUGCAAGAGUUUUAGACUACAUGUGCCAUGGACAGAUCGUAGACAAAAAUUGGAGGAGUGGUGUAUCGUAAUUAUCUUGUCUUUUUGUACAACGGAAAAGAGAAAUAUUUCAGUAGUGGCACUUUGGCUGUUGAAUGCAAAAAAAAACAAACCAAUAGCUAUCUUUGUUGACCAAAAACAUACUACUUUUCCGAGUAGGUUAAAUGGUAUUUAGCCUGUGCUUCAUCGAAAGUUUUUCACUGAAAUGUCUCCGUCUGUUAUACGCUUGGGUGAGAUUUGUCAUCAUGCCUGUGGUGUGUGUAUAGAUAUAGAGGGCAGUCUUAUGAUUUACCCAACUCUGUGAUUUUUUUUUUAUAGAAUUCGCCACAAUUUUUUUUUCAGCUGUACAAAAUCGAAAAUGCUUCUUAUUUCUUUGUUAUAGGACAUGUGAAAUCUUGUUCCUUAAAUAAAAACAAUAAUUAGAGAUCACAAAUGUCUCUAAGAUGUCAAAAAA